CGACGGACGAUGACAGUAUAGCGCGGUCUACGACCGAAAAGGUGGCAUCACCAACGUCCUCGACGUCACCACCACCGCCACCACUCUGUACAGCGACCGAGGACGAGAGCGAUACGAAGGUGCCUUCCACGUCGGAAUCUUCGACGGUAGUGGCAAGUACGACGACGGCAGAGGCCGCACUAGAAGCCCCGGUUGAAUCGCCGGCACCGUCGGACCGUACCGAGGAGCAGAAAUCAUCGGAAGAGGCGUGUACGUCGUCGAAGGAGGAAGUGGCGACAGUGGAACCAACCGAUGAGACGAGUGCCUCUAGCAGUACUAUCUCAACCGAUAAAUGCUCUGAAAUGGUGUCGGAUAGUGGAGGAGAAGCAGCAGAAUCUCAAUCAACUGCUAAGGGGCCCAGCGUAGCAAUUAAUGAGACGACUAAGAACGGGCCAACGGGCAACGGCGAUGAGGAGCGAUCUGCGAUAGCAGUGCAAGAAACAAUAGAGGCAUCUGCUGAUCCAGUUGCACCAUCAGCAGCAGCAGCAGCAACAGCAGUGGUCGAUGUGAUAGAAGAGAAGCAACCAGAACCGACCGAGCCAUCGGUCUCCGGGCUAAAGCAGAGUGAAGUUAAAAAUGUGAUAGAGGCUGCUCCGGUGGCUGCAAGUGUUGCACAGCAGGAGCAGAAGUUGGAACAGUUGGCAGGACAACAGCAUGGCGGUGAUCGGAACGGGUGCUCAGAUGUUCCGGUUGCAAGCAGUACCGCUAUCACGACCACGACGACGAUCACAUCGCAUCCACUUCCGAAGGAACAGGUUGAAGCCGAUGCGCCAUCGACUGUGCCACCGGAACCAGACCCGGGACCAUCACCACCGGUGGCCUCGGAUGUUGUCAGCUCAGCCGGUACCUGCGACGAAGCAAAGCUUCGAGAAACUCAAAGUGAAGCUGUGGCUGCAUCUACCGAGUGUGCUGCUGAUACUAACAGCAGCAGCAGCAGCAGCAUUGUUGGGAUGGUUAGCUCUUUCGGACAGCCAUCAACAUCACCACCACCACCACCUCCACCUCCACAACAACCUUCGAAAGAUGCAGACUGUGGUGUCAGUCGCAGUAGCAGCGGUGAGAGCAAAAGCAUUACCAGCGCGGACGUGGCGAUGCUUUCGAAUCCCGCUCCGGCACCAUCGGCCCGCAAUCCGCUCCAAUUCACCGACGUGGCGAACGAUGAGGUCGAGCUGAAGGUCGACGGUGGCCAUCUGUUGGAUCGUGUGAUCAAACACUCGCUGAUGCGCGGUCUCCAGGAUAGCGGGGAACGGUUGGCCAAGAGCAGUCUCAUUAUUUCCGGUGCUGCCAACAACAGCAACAGCGGUGUAGAGGGUGGUGUACAUGGUGAGGCCACGCUGGCUACGACCUCCUCGUUGAGUAAAGCGAAAAGUGCAGCCGCUGCCGCUGCCGCCGGUUUGGCUGGCCGGUUAGUAGAGGCCGAUCACAAGACAACACCACCGGCACUGCAGCCAGCGAACGUUGCCGAUGCACGGUCCGGGAUGGUGAAUGGUGAUCGAGCGACGAGUAGUGAGGGUGCAGUCCAAGAGAUCGCCACCAGUAGUACCAAGGAUGUUCAGGAAGAGAUCGGUACAUUGGCUGGCGACAGUCCGAGCCGUAACGUGGGAAGUAGUAGCAGCAGCAGCAGUAGGAUACGACAUUCAAGUGAAACGACGAGUGUCGCCAGCAGUCCUUCCAGUCCCGGCGAAGAGGGAGGAGGGGGAGGCACACGGUGCAGUAGCAACAACAGUAGCAGCAGUUCGCUGGACUUCCGAGAGGAGAUGCCGCUAGUGGUAGAGAACCAUCGGAGUGUCUCGCAACCACCGAUAGGUGGCGGUCUGAACGAGCAUCUUCCGGUGAAAGCCCGGAAGCCUCAGUACUACGCCAGUAUACCGGACUUUUCCAAGACUCCGUCACAGUUCAGCUCGGCGCCCACGGUUAGCACCUCGAUGCCUUUCGCUAGUUCCUCCGUGACGACAGCCGCGGCGACGACAACGACGGCCACGGUUACGAGCGCCACGGCCACGUCUACCAAAAGUCUGACGCAGCUCCACAUGAAAACUCCUGACUUUAGUCGGCUAAUCUCGUCGCCAGUUUCUCCGGCACCACCACCACCAGCAUCACAGCAGCAAGUGACAUCGUCAGUUAGUACCGUGCCGGUGAGCAGCACACCUCGCAUAACGUCGGCACCAGCCGUCAAGUCGACGAGUGAGCUAAAAAUCUCCAAUCCCGACUUCUCGAAAGGAUUCGCCAGUCACUUCCAGGCGCGCUAUACACCGAAAGCAGGUGCGUCCGUCUCCGCUCCGUCCGGUAGCGGGAUUCCCCAGGUGACGAUCUCGCCAGACACGUUCAGCAAACUGAUCAAGGAGCGGAACUAUAUCGAAGAUUUGCAGCUGAAGAACCCAACAGGACCACUGCAGCAACCAGUGCUUACACUUCCGCCUUCUUCAGCUACAAGUGGAAGCUCAGCUUCUUCUUCGUCGUAUCAAUCGGAAGCGGACGGUAGUAGCAGUAGAGUCGAUACGACUUCUGGUGCGAUCGCAUCUACCGGGCUCCCGAAGAAGCGAUCGUAUGGAGCAACAGCAGCAUCAGCAGCAACAGCAGGUUCAUCAUCACCAGCACUCUAUAUGGAGAACCACGAUACCAAGGCACAUGUGAUAGCGAAAGGUGCCACAGCAGCUUCAGCAUCCUCAGGACCAGUUCCAGUUCCAGGUGGAAGUGCUCCAAAAAUCUGGAAUCCACCAGAGUUUACUAGCAAACACUUUAUGUCAGCGCAACCAACUGCGCCUCUUCCGUCACGCCAUUCGAAUGGUGGCGCUGCUGUUGCACCAUCCUCACCCUGCUCGCGUGAUCCUUCACCAUCAUCCUCCUCAUCGUCACCCCGACCGGGAGGUAGUUAUGGUGUGGGUCCAAGUCCGAGUCCUAAACCGGGGCCUUCACUACCAGAGCAGAGGAUCGUCGUGAGUAACGUGAGGACGUACUUUCCCGAGCCGCAUCCCAUGUCCCCGGCGACCACUUCAUCCGCAUCACCCUACAUCGGUGGUAUUGCGUUGCCCAAGGUGAAGGAUCCCGAGUUUCGAUUUGAUCAUAAGGAGCAGCAGCUGUUACAGGAGGGCACCACGAUUAAAUCGGUGAAGCACCACCACCAGCAGCAGCAGCAGCAGCAGCACCAUCAUCAGCAAUCACCUGCUCCUUACUCAAGGCAACGAGUCGUCCAGCAGAACGCAGGGGCAGCGCCACAUCGGCCACGCUCACCAUCAGUCGAACGGCGCGAAGCCCAGAUGAUGCAACACUCGCAAGAUAUCGUGUACCGGGACUAUCGGCAGCAUAAGCGGCCACAGCAGCCUCCGACGGCGGUUCCACCCGUUCCAGCAUCAUCUGCCGCCGCGUCACCAGCUCGACAACCGUCAUCGUACGAUGCGUACUAUCAAGCAAUGAUGCAACAACGGCCCCCAGCUCCAGGAGGUGCUUCCGGUGGCUCCGGAUUUAUGCAUCCACCACCGGCCGUGAAUUGGUCACACCAACAGCACCAACAGCCAGCUCCGGGAGCAUCAGCACAACGGGGAAUAGUGCGUAGUCCGCACGAUAAUGGUGCUAGUCCGAUCUCGUCGCCUUCUUCGGUUGCGCAACAACCGACUGGUGGUAGUAGUGGCUCAACGCCAAGUCCGAACCCUCACGGAUACUAUAAAAACUCGCCUAGCCCCGUGUCCGGAUCGGCCUAUGGUACGGCGUCUUCUCCUGUUCCCUAUGGACUCACCGGUGGACCACUGCAACAGCAGCAGCAGCAGCAACAGCAGACCACAAGUCACAGCUACACGGCUCAGCAUCAUCUUCCUAGUAUUCCAUCCGGAUCGCCUUACGAAGCGGACUCGCGUGCUCAACCGUACCACCACCACCAUCAGCAGCAACAGCAGCAACAGGGCGCUAAGGUUGUAGCAUCUUCCGCCUACAAGGCAGGUCUCGACUACAAUAUGGAGCAAAAGUUUGCCGAAGUCUACCAGAACCACCAAUUGCGGGAGAAGCAGGCAGCCGAAGCGGCAGCAGCAGCACAGGGAACUCACGGAAGACAACAGCAACCACGGAGUGGGCCAACAUCGUCCUCCGGUUACCCUGGCUAUGAUCCAGCGCAACCAUCGUACCGCCCGUACCCUUACCAUCCUUCUCCUCAUGCUCAGUCACAGGCGACUCCAUCGCCAUCCUCUACGCCCUCGCCUGUACCGUCACCGCAACAUCAUCAUCAUCAGCAUCGUAAACCCUCGACGGUUGGUGGAGGACCACCGCAGCAGCAGCAGCAGCAGCAACAGCAGUCAUCGCGUGAUCCAUCACCGAGUGGUCAUCGGUACGGGUCCGGUGAGAACCAUGUUUCGUAUUAUCAUCCAUCGGGACCACCACCACCACCAGGAGCACCAGGACCUCCACCGACGACGGUGUAUCUGCCCCACGGUAAACUUCCGGCACCGGGUCAUCCGAAGACGUCGCUGGCAUCCGGCUCAUACCACCAAUCACCGACGACCUCGUCCGUCCCCUACUCAAUGGGUAGCGCACCGUAUCCGGUAGCUAAUGCGACGACUUCGACAACAGCCUCACCGGGGCCACAUCAUCAUACACAUCAUCCUCAUCAUCAGCAGCAGCAUUAUCAACCACCACCAAUGGUCCACCAGUCGGUGAUUAGUAAUGCGUACGAUCGGCAUACAGCCAGCUACGCCACGGGUCCUACGAAGCCAGGUCAUCUACCGUAUCCGCCUGGUCCGGUGCCGGGUAGUUCCGCUGGAAGCUACUAUCCAUCAGCAGCCGCUCCAGCACCAGCACCACCACCGAUGGCCAUACAAUCUCCGGUGAUACAUCCAACGUCGGCGGCAGCGAUACCUUCCGGGAGUAAGAACAUCCCGGUACGGGUUAUAGCGACGGCACCACCGGCCUCUGCUCAACCUCAAGUGCCAGCAGCAGCAGCAGCAGCAGCUCCAGUAGCACCACCAACACAAGCAGCUGCGGCACCUCCACCACGAGAAGUCACACCAGCAGAGCGCCCAUCGGUGGUCGCUCCACCAGCAUCAUCGACGACGCCGACAAGCAGUGGACCGAAGCGUGAGUCUCCGUUGGAUCUGUCGGUCAAGACGGUGAAGACGAAGGCUGACUCAACGGGAUGUGACGAUUACGGGGCUAGCAGUAGCACCAGUUGCAGUAGCACUAGCAGCACCUCCAGCGGCAAUGGUCGCACCACCGAUCUACUACCGAAGCUGGACUUUAAUCCAAACUUCAAAAAACACAUCCCACCAUCACAUCAUCAUCAUCAGCAACCGGCACGCAGUGCUCCAGUGCCGGUGCUCGUUAGUCCGCAUCCUUCCUCACCAGCCGGAAACAGUAUGAAUCCUCCAGGACCACCACCUCGUCAUGUUUCUGUCAUUAGUCCGGCCAUACCGCCCGGUUACGAUAAGAAGACGGAUGCGUACAUGUCGGCCAACUAUAGGGCGGUCGGUGGACCGCUCGUCUCGUCCGCUCAUCAGUACUCGGCCACAACGACGCCUACCAGUAGCAGCAGUAGUUCGGUGGCCAGCAAAAGUGUCUACUAUCCGCCAUCAUCUUCGGGCACUCCGGUCAAAUCCAGCGCUCCAACCAACGCAGGCAGUAUCGUGACGGGUGUGGCCGGUCCUGGCAACCGGCAGCAACAGCAGCAACCACCAGCGGCGGCUGCUAGUGAGCUGGAUCCACGGCUCGAGGAUCGACGUUUGGUGGAGAGUUUACUGAAGAAGCAAACGUCACCAUCGUCCGACGUGAUGGCGGAACUGCAGUCCGGUAAAUUCCCUUCACGCCUUCCCCAGAACAUGGUCCCGAAGAAGCGAGCGGCGGCGAUGGCAGUGGCGGCCGCAGCUGCUGCCGCUGCGGCAGCAGCAGCCGUCGAAGGUAACGGACCCCCGGCGCGUUCCUCGACCUCAUCAGCAGCGGGUGUCAGUGGUGUUCCAACGCCACCGAAGGUGGCCAAAUAUGAUGAACCGGGACGAACGGUGGAACCCGUGGCACCAGCAACGGCACCAGCGCCUGCUCUUCCGCCAACACACCAUCAACAUGGUGUUCCACCGGCUGGUUACGAUCCUGCGCAUGGCUAUGGUUACGGUCGGAACAGUCAACCGGCUGCCCAUCAUGUACCGUCGGUAUCAACGCCGGUCACAACUGCUCCGGCGAACUAUGGAGCAGCGGAAGGUGGUGGACAGUACUCAACAGGAUCGUCCAUUCAUGCUUCCGUCAUUACGACCAACUAUCACCAUCAUCCUCCUCCAGCACUGCAGCAGCAGCAGUCGCAGCAGCAGCAACACUACAAUUCCGAAGCGCGCUUCUAUCAACCCCCUGCGUCGACGUCAUCGGCGAGUCCGAAGGUUCACCGAGAGGAUCCUCCCGUGCUCUACCACCAUCAGGCCCAUCUGCGCGGUGGCGGAGUAGCACCGUAUUCCGUCGAAGAACGGUCCGCUCCGUACGCUUACUAUCCUCCCAAGGGAAUGCCCAACACUCCUUUGGAUCCUGGUGCGAGUCAACACUAUCCGGAUCAGCAGCGGCAGCGUUAUAGCGAUGUUCCGACGCACCUAAAGUCUCCAGUGGGGGUGGAGCAUCAAUCUCACAUUCAAUACACAAUGGCUGGAUCUGCCAGCACACCACAACAGCAUCAGAUGAACCAUCAUGGUCCACCAGGUCCACCGGGAGCAACACAGCAACCUUACCAUCCUGGUUCGAUGAUGCAUCAGCAGCAGCAGCAGCAUCAUCAUCAUCGAGGUGCAGAUCAAAUGGUGAUCUCGAAGCUUCGCACCAGCCUGGAGAUGAAAGAGUACGAGAAGCAGCGUGCCAGUCAGCAUCAACAGCAGCAGCAUCAUCAUCAGCAUGAGCAGAGAACUUCCGAGGAGCAUCACUCGUUCGUAGCGAUGCAGCCACAACAAUCACAGGCGACUGUGGGUGCCGCGAAUGGUCGCAUGGAACCGAGUAAACCCGUACCGGGACCCCCUCUAUCGCUUCAGUUGAUUUCCCCGUCCGGUUCAGUCGGUGCCGGUGGACCAUCCGAGCUAACCAGCUCGCCAACUUCCCGCUUCCGUACGAAGGGUGAGCUGAAGGGAUUCAUUCCACUGCCAGCGACGAUAGCACCACCGAGCGUCAACAUUCCUUCCGCUACGGCCGAUCAGCAGCACCAUGUGGGGAAGAAGCAGGAACAGAAAGAUGCCAAGCACGAGGAGGGGGGAGGGGAUGAGGUGGCGAUAGCGCCACCGGCCGAUCUCGACGGUGCCUCACCACUGGACAUCCUGGACUGGGGAAGCACCUGCAACGAGUUUGUGGAGCAGCUGCAGACCGGUAAGAAGCGUGGCCGACGAAAACGGCCAGCAGCAGCAGCAGCUGCGGCACCGGGAGCCUCUUCCAGUAUGUCGCUGAACACUGGGGAUGCUGGUGCUGAAGGACCGAUGACAACGGAUCUAUCGUCAGUUCCGCGUGAUGUGCUAAACAGCGCCCGUACGGCGCGUAGCGCGGCCAAAGGAAGCGGCGGAAGUCGCAGUUCAAGUGACGAAGACAAACCGUUGCUACUGAUCCGCCAGGAGUCACUGCGCACGAUCUGCGAUACGACGGCGGAGAAACUGACGGAGAAGAUCGCACGGAAUAUGCGCGAGAAGCAGCGACUCCAGUCGGAACAGAAACACGAAGCUAAACUGGGCAGUCCGAGUAGCUCGGAUAGUGAGAUGGCAUCGGGACCGGCCGGCCAAGCGUCAUCGGUGGCCCCCUUUGCCCGGAACCGUGCCCAGGCACGGGCGAAGGCACGCGUCCGGAAGCUACGGAACCGUGCCACCGUCGCUCUUCGUUCGUCCGAUGAAGGGGAGGAUGAUGAUGGUGGUGGUGGUGGUGGUGGUGGUGGGGUUGGAGAGCAGCAGCGUGGUUCUCGUGUGAAGCGUUCCGGGUCUCUGGAACGCGCUGAUGGGCGAGCGAAGCGUUUGAAGCGUCACUCGGGAGCCUCUUCUCCUCCUCGGUCUUCCUCCUGUGAGUCUUCCUCGGAUUCCGAUCGGGAUGAGAAGGACGAGAGACCAUCUUCGACCGGACGGCGACGUCGGCGCCGUCGUGCUAGCAGAGGUUCGGUAGCUGCUGGCGGCAGUGGUGGCGGAACCGUCAAGCGGGCACGCUGCCAAAGCGGUGAAUCGGUCACACUCCGUCCGGAUGCCAGCGAUCUUAGCUCGGACUCGGAUGGAGACUCGAAACCGACACGGACGUCAACGGCAAAGAGUGAAACGCCACUGACGACACAAAAUGCGGCCACCGGCGGGGGUACACGCGGUGAUUCUGGUAUCUCCGGAGCACGAAAACGGGACGGAGGAGGUGGAGAAGAUACCACAACCGAUGGGAGCAACGGGAAGAAAGCGACCACACACCAGGAACCGGCCACGACGACGAGCAAGCCCUCCGGACGUACGGCAAACGGAAGCGCCCGGCGUGGUGGCCGAUCGCGAACGAUCUCCCGCUCGAAACCACCUCGUUCGUCCUCCUCUUCAUCGGGUUCAUCUUCCUCCUCGUCCUCCUCAUCUUCGGGCUCAUCAACGUCGUCCUCGUCCUCCGAAUCGUCGGAAUCGGAGGCUGGCGAUCGUGAAACGAUGACACGAUCGCGCAGCAAACGGGAAGCGGAACGGCGCCGUACCAACAGCAAGGUACUGCGGAACGACAAAGUGAUCGAAGUAGCAUCAGCGGCCGCGCAACGUUCCAGUCGUACCUCGGCGGGAAAGAAAACAACGGGAGAGAAGAGCGGAGGAAGUAAGCGACCGAAGCUGAAUGGAAUUUCGUCCAACGAUCCAUCGGCGACGCGAGGAAGUAAACGGAGUAAACGGAACUCAACCGGUCCGGGAACUGGUCCGCACCAACAGCAACAACAACAACAACAGUCGUCGGCUUCAAAAAACGCGCUGGCGAGCUCCUCGGUGGACACGGACGCCGACGCCGGGGAGACGGAUCAUGAUGAUGCGGAUACGAUGAAGAAGAGUGCCGAGCAGCUCUCGGAACGGUUACGAUCACGCCAGAAGAGUAAACCGUCGGCCGAUGGUAAGGUUGCGUCACGGCGCGAAAGUACUUCGACGCAAAGUAAAAGCGGCAAAGGUGCCAGAGGUGCGCGUAAACUAUCGAAAGAUGGAUCACACGAUCCAACAGCCGCACAACAACAACUGGCAGCGUCAGCGGUGGUGGCCGAUCACUUCUAUCCCGGCUGGGAGAAGGCCGUGUACGAGUACAAGCGUUCGCUCAAGGUACCACCGGAGCUGAUCACGAUCGAUGGUCGGUUGUAUAUGCAUCGGAUCUCCACGUCACUGCCGGAUCUUGACUCACCGCACCACAGCGAUGGUUCGGAGACGUUUUCCGAGAUCGUGCAGAAGAUUGCGAACCAGCAAGGAUCGCGACCGAAGGAUGGUGCGGUCGGUGGAUCGGUGAAGCGUUCCCGAUCGAAAGCCGUGGCCACGAAAACGCCCAAGAAGCAACCAGUUCCCUCCACUAAGCAGCAGCAGCAGCAACAGCAGCAAGGACAGACCGUCCAAACGGCCGCAUUAGUCCUGGGAACCCAGAAGCAAAAGGAUGACAAUAAGCGAUUCAACUCGAUCAUCGAAGUGCUUCACCGGCGAUUGCAGCAGACGCCGGCACUGAUUGCUGCCAAGGGAGGAGGGGCCGUAGCUGGCAUAACUGGACGCCAGAAGGGAGCAUCGAAGGGCGCCAGCAAAGCAAACAGCAGCUUGGCCAACGUCAACAACAACAACGCGAAUGAGGGCACGAUGGGGCCAAAGACAAAAUCCGAGUAUGAGCUGCUGCCGACGCCCGGGACAACCGAUCCGGAAUCGCUGUUUAGUAAGAACCGCAAAAAGAAAUCGCUGUUCGAUACGGCCAUCCUGAAGUCGCGCACCCGGACCGAGCAGAAAGCGAUGCAGAGCAAGGAAAUCAUCCGCGAGGUAUUCGGUGGCGAUGAGGAGCGGCCCCAAUCGGCACCACCGCUCGGUGAGAGCCACGUAGGAGGGACUAGCCUUCGCCAGCUGACGUACGACGAACGGUACGAGCAGCUGAUGCGUAACGUGGAUCGGAUUAUGGUGGAGCUCGAUGGUGGUAGUGGUGGUGGUGGUGGUGCUGUGGUGGCGGUGAAGCAGGAACCGCUCGACGUCGAAGAGGAAGAGGAGGCAGAAGAAGAAGAUGAUGAUGACGGGGAAGAAGAGGAGGAGGAGGACGAUGGUCAAUCGGAGCGCUACACUCCAUCGAUCGCUUCCGAGCGUGAUCUAACGACACCGUUACCAUUCAAACCGACCACAACACCGACAUCAGUGACUCCGGUUCCUGUGGUUGCCGAGGGCAUCACGCCGAAUGGAUGUGGUAGCGGAAAGGGAUGCUGCCCUGGGUCGGACAAGAAGUGCCGGGGACGCCGUGGUCAUCGUACGUCACGCCGGAAGGGUAGCUCGGGGUUUGAUUACAUCCGGAAGAAGAAGAAACCUUCGCAACAGAAUCAACACCACCAUCACCAUCAUCACCACCAUCACCAUCAUGGUCACCAGCAACAGCAGCAACACAACAACCAGGGACAGGGUGGUGGUUGUGGUUGUUGUGCUGAGCAGCGCCGGAAGGCGGUGUCCGCUUUCGAGAACCUGGAGGUGAAGGAUGAAACGCACAUCCUCAAGGAGAUGCGGAGCUGGGUGCUGAACAAGGGUGCCGGUGACAGCGUCAUGCAUAAGGCGGCUCGAGCGGGCUACACGGACGUGAUCGUGUAUUGCCUUGAGCGACUGAAUAUGGACCCGGAUCUAAAGGAUAACGCCGGUUACACACCGCUGCAUGAAGCGUGCGCCAAAGGCCACCUCGAUAUCGCGCACUAUCUGCUGCGUUACGGUGCAAGCCACUCGGAAUCGGCCCCUUCCGGGAUGCGACCACUGCAUGAAGCGGUCGAGAACUCGUUCAUCGAGAUCGUACGGUUGCUACUGGCGUUCGGUGCCGAUCCGACGAUGAGCACGUACGCAGGCCUCAGCCCUACCGAGCUGGCCGAAUGUGACGACAUGCGGCUGUUCCUGGAUGGCCAUCUGCGGGAUGUCCAGAGUGUAGCGCCGAACAAAACCGGCUGGCGAUUUGAGGGACCAUGGAAGAUAUAUGAUCCAGAAGAUAACGGAUGCAACGUGUUUGCCGACAUACCGGGGUUCGACGAAGCGAUGGACGAUUCCGUUGCAACCGCAGCCAGCAGCCAAGAGGUGACGACAGCGCAGCGGGGUAAACGGUGUGACUCAAACUCCAACUUCAUACGCCGUGGCAGUACCGGUAGUAACCAUCAGGAAGAUGGUGGAACAGUGCAUGCUGGCGAGCGCAAAAAGAACGGUACGGUGGAGAACAGUGGCGCAGUAGCGGCAGCAGCAGCAGCCGGCCGGGGAACUAUAGAUGGUGAGCUGAGGAAUGGGCGUGUGAAGCGAGACACACGAAAGGAUGAUACGGCGAAAGCAAUCGUCAGUCUCGUUAAUGGUGGUUCGAAGCCACACACCGUGAAGGCCGAGUGUUGGAACAGCGCUGAUACCGAGCUGCAACCUGCUGAGCGGGAUGAUUUGGAGCUGCCAGAUGGAAUCGAAGGAGCUGACGAUGAUGGUAACGGAGCCGGCGGUGGAAUAAGCGGCGUCAGUAGCAACGACAACGAUCAAAGCCUGCUGUUCGAGUACGAAGAGGCCGAUCGUCCGCUGCCACCGCUGUAUGUGCUGAAGGAUGAAAAUCACGAACGGUGGAUGCUGAUGAACGAUCUGUGCACCUUUCUCAAAUUUAAAUCCAAGGAAGCUGUACUCAAACAGAUAUGUCCCAACAACACUCCGAACACUCAGCGCGAGCUGAUACGCGAAAUGAAGAUCGACGAGUUCCUGGCCCGCUCGCACUGCCUGCAGUUGCUGUGUGCGGGCGAGAAGCUCAACAUUCACUCGUCGAAGGUGGUGCUAGUGAAGUACAACGACAGCGUGCGCAAUCUGCUGCAGGUGCAGAGCUUCGUGACACGCAUCUAGCUACGCGGUUUGCACGGGGAGUUGCACGGAAGGACAGUGACAGUGAAUUGCCUUACUCUCCCCCCCGGAACAAAGCAGUAGGAAAGGAAAGUGGGAAGCGACCGAACGCGUGGAUAGCGCAUGGGAGACACGAACGUGGCGGGAAAGACUGAAAAUGUAGUAGACUGUGUGAGUUUGUUGUGUAUGAGGCAAGCAGGCGCUGCCACGUCCACCGUAGCAACGGGGAAAGACUUUCACACUUCACAGCAUCACAGCAGUAGCAGGCACGUACUAAUAGCAAAUUUGCAAGGAGAUGGCAGCCAAGUGGAGGGGAUAGUGAAAAGUAAAUUAUUAUUUUUUUAAGAAUAGAACAGUAAGAAACAGCGUGGUUUCAUCACAGAGAUAGGCAAGCGAAACGAUCACAGACACACAUAGCGCGCGCGAAUGGCGACGGAGCAAUCAUUUGUUAGUUGUUUCAUUACUUAAAAGUUAGCAAGUUAGAUAUUU